UCUUUUUAGUUGUUAUUUUUGAAAUUCAAGAUAACAUUAAUUGUGGUUUAAAAAAAAAGAUAAUUUUUGUGACAAGAAAAUGUUCAGGUUGAAUGCGAUGAACAGAGUCCUCCUCAACCUUCGCCACCCUCUACUUCCUCUCUCCGCCACACUUCCAUCAACACGAUUAAUCCAUCCCAACAUGCAUCACAACAAUCAACUUUCAUCAUUUUCCACUUCCACCCAAGCUUCCAACGAUUUAGAUCUAUCCACGAAAACAUGCGUUCCGUGCAAUUCCAAGGAAAUGAAACCUAUGACAGAAGAUGCAGCGCAUUCUCUCAUUCCACAGGUUUCCGAGUGGAAUUUGGUAAAUGAAGGCGGUUCUUUGAAACUGACUAGGUCAUGGAAAGUUAAAUCUUUUAACAAAGGAUUGGAAUUUUUCAGAGUUAUAGCUGAUCUUGCUGAAGCUCAAGGUCAUCAUCCUGAUCUUCACCUUGUUGGAUGGAAUAAUGUUACUAUAGAGAUUUGGACUCAUUCCGUUGGUGGGCUGACAGAGAAUGAUUUCAUACUUGCUGCUAAGAUCAAUGAGCUCAAUGUUCACGGCUUACUAAGAAAGAAAGCUUCUGACUGAAUCAUCAAUAUGAAGAAGAAAGUGUAAAUAUUCUAGUUAGUAAGUUUUUACUCCAUUUUUUUCAUUUAAAAAUAAGUAUCGCCUAGAAUUAUUAUCUUCUGUUCCAAUGAUGUUGUUUUUCACUUUUUCAUACUAGUUCAAUGAUACUAAUGUUGUAUUUUUCAUGUGGAAAUGGUUUAAAAAGAAAGAUUCUCGAGCUUA